UCCCUCCCCGCGGUCGUUGGUCCCCCCCCUUUCCCUCCGCCGCGCGUGGAACGCGCCGCCCCCACAACCCCUCGCGCGCGGCACGGCGCCUCCCUUUGCCCGCCGGAGGCCGAACGGAGCGGAGGCGGCCGCCGCCUGCCCGGGCCCAGCGCUGCCGAAAAAUGGCAGUCGACUACUUUUUGCAUGAGAAGAUCUGGUUUGAGAAGUACAAGUAUGAUGAUGCUGAGAGAAGAUACUACGAGCAGAUGAACGGGCCAGUUAGCAGCUCUUCACAACAGCAGGAGAACGGAGCCAGCACGAUCCUACGCGACAUUGCCAGAGCCAGGGAGAAUAUCCAGAAAUCGCUGGCCGGACAGAAGACAGUUCCUCGUAGCAAAGAAGCUCCUUCUGCCCGUCCCAAGAGGCAGUCAGGCCGCUCAACUAGCGCAAGCACAACCUCUUCUGGGCCUGCCGGUGACCAAAAUGAACUCCUUUCCAGAAUUUCUCACCUGGAGGUAGAAAAUCAAAACCUUCGCAGUGUUGUUGCAGACCUUCAGAUGGCCAUCUUCAAGUUGGAAAGCCGCCUGAAUGCUCUGGAAAAGUCAUCUACCUCCCACCAACCCUCACCGGUUCCUCCAACCCAGAAAGUGGAGCCGUUCAGUGUUCCCUCCAAGAAAGUGGAGCUCCCUUCUGCUUCACCGGCAAAGAAAACUGAGCCAGCUGCUGCAGAGGAAGAUGAUGAUGAUAUUGACCUCUUUGGCAGUGAUGAUGAAGAGGAAGACCAAGAGGCUGCCAAAGUCCGGGAGGAGAGACUGCGUCAGUACGCAGAGAAGAAGGCCAAGAAACCGGGUCUUAUUGCCAAGUCUUCUAUCCUUCUGGAUGUGAAGCCGUGGGAUGAUGAGACUGACAUGGCGAAGAUGGAGGAGUGCGUCCGGUCCAUCCACAUGGAUGGGCUGGUGUGGGGAGCCUCCAAGCUGGUCCCAGUUGGCUACGGCAUUAAGAAGCUCCAAAUCCAGUGUGUGGUGGAGGAUGACAAAGUCGGGACAGACAUCCUGGAGGAGGAGAUCACCAAAUUUGAAGACUAUGUGCAGAGCGUUGACAUUGCUGCUUUUAACAAGAUAUAGAAACAAAACUGUAUCUCUUCUGAAACUGUAACUAAUAAAGAUCAAGACUGGGAGUGCA